AGUUUCAAACCUACUAUGAUAUAUGUCGAUGAGACAGAUCCAGAUGAAGAGCCUGAGCCUCCUUUUGAGCCCAGGCAAGUAAAGUUAAAGAAGAACCAAGAUGUCAAAACAGAAUAUGCACUCAAGGAUGAACUGGGAAGAGGCAAGUUCGGCACGGUGUACCGCUGCGAGGAGAAGAAGACGGGCCGGAUACUGGCGGCCAAGUUCAUCCUGACUCAGCGGGCGGAAGACCGCGCGGACGUGGAACGCGAGGUGGAGAUCAUGCGCUCGCUCCAGCAUCGCGCCUACUUGCAGCUGUACGAUGCCUUCGACGACUCCAAAAAACAGAUGAUCCUCAUCCUAGAAUUGAUCGAAGGCGGUGAGCUCUUUGAGAGGGUGAUUGAUGACGACUUCGUUCUCACCGAGAAAGCCUGCGCCAUCUUCGUUAGGCAAAUAUGCGAAGGUGUCGACUACAUGCACUCCAAAAACAUCCUCCACCUGGACAUGAAGCCGGAGAACGUUCUGUGCACUACGCGCACGGGCAACCGUAUUAAGCUGAUCGACUUUGGCCUGGCGCGCUUCUACGAGCCUGGCAAGAAGCUGCAGGUACUGUUUGGCACACCGGAGUUCGUGGCUCCCGAGGUCGUCAACUUUGACAAGGUCGGAUUCCAGACAGACAUGUGGAGCGUCGGCGUCAUCUGCUAUGUCCUGCUCUCCGGGCUCUCACCUUUCAUGGGAAACAGCGAACUCGAGACGAUGGCAAACGUCACGAGAGCGGAAUACGACUUCGACGAUGAGAGCUUUGACCAGAUCUCCGAAGAAGCAAAAGACUUCAUAGCAAAGCUCCUCUUGAAAGACAAAGAUGACCGUAUGACAGCCGCCCAGGGCUUGAACCAUCCGUGGCUUCGGAAGGAUAAGAAGAGAGACGACACGCAAUUGGACAAGAAGAAGCUGAAACGUUUCGUCAUCAGGAGGAGGUGGCAGAAAAUGGUGAAUGCAUUUCUGGCCCUGAGGCGCAUGGGAGCCACCAUCUCGCCAUCUACGCCUUGAACGCUUAACAGAACCUAUGAAACCUUCCAAGACCCACCAUGUGUUCCCCGUGUCUUCACUCCGACUGAUCUUCAAGAGAAGACUAACGUCACAUUUCAUCGAAUCACUUUUCGUUUAACUCCGCAAUUUCCAUCUUUUUUUAAUGGCAACGAACGUGCCUGAGCAUGUAUCUCGCAUUUCUUGAAUUACCUCGGCGUUCUGAGAGAACGCAAUAAUGAUUGCAAGCUCUCUUGCAAACAAAUGUGCAAGUGACUAAUUUUAUUGGAGUAUUGAGUGAUUUACCUCUGGCGUAUCGAGAGAGAACUACGGAUCAGCAGUGCUUGAUUCAAAACAUGAAACCUGAGACAUGUCAUUCUUAUUUUGUAAUUACCGCCUCACAAUCACCGUUAGAGCCGUCAACUAAAACAAAUACUUCACGAAGUUACUGCUUAACUUCGCUAUGAGGUGCUGAGAUUUUCGUUAACGUAGCUUUCCUAUUUAAAAACAAUAAAAAGAAACAGCCUAAUUUUUGUCCAGGUUAGUGCGUGGUACACUAUUCAGUGAGGUUAGAACAGAAAUGCUUCAACUUUUUUUUUGCACUGUUUACUCAUAAUGCCUCGCCACCAUAGGAACAUUGCCUACACUGAUUUAGCUUCGUAUGGUCAUGUCAGACACGCUUUUAAAAGUGUAAGAAAAGCCCUGCGGUGGUUGCUGCAUCUAUACCCAACGAAAAAUGUGGACGCCCAAGCUCAAGCUGAAAAAUUGUCAUUGAUUAGCUGGCUAAUAGUUUUAUUUUAUGAUUGGCUCGUAUACACAAAGAUACAGAUUGCAGAGUAAUCACGUGAGUGAUCCGGAUUAUGAAGAGAAUUUAAAAAGAGCAAAUGAAGCAUUUAACUAGGUCAAAACAAAAGUAAAAUAAACUCUUGAGGAAGGGUUUAGCAAUGAACGCUUUCCGAUUAAAAAAAAAUCUUAACAGCUGUCCAGGCUUCCCUGCUUUUUGUGCCUCAUUUUCUACCCCCAAACACUCCCCGGCAAACAAAGAUUUUUUAGAUGCAAUUUCCAUUCUAUCCCCAUUCCCAACUUUCUGUACAGUGUUGGCGUGGACUGUUUUUGUAUAAAGGUGUCCGUGAAUUGUUAAAACUUUGCGCUUUUCUGCCGAAAUGUUUAAUAAAGUUGUCUGUUUCUUACCAA